AUGGACUAUUUACCGUUUAUUGAUAACAAGAUUCCAAGCGAUGAGUAUAAGGAUAAGGCAGAGAGACUCAUACACGAUACCAUGCAAGAACAAAAUACGAUAGGUUUACAUCCAUACGUACAGAAAAUGCUUGAAAUGCAUAAGAAAACGGAUCAUGUCAUACCUGAUUCUAUGUUUCAAGAAUAUAUACAGAAAUUUCCUUCAGAGGAUAAUCCAAGAGGGCAAAAACGUUCACUCGAGAGUAGCCAUCUCGAUGAUGAAAGUUUCUUACAAGAAUUCAAUUCAAAACAUCCUCAUAUUGAUCUCUUAAGAUAUAACUUAGAAGAUAUAUCAUCAGAUGACAACCAAUUAUCUACAAAAACUAAAUUGGCAAUCAUAGAUUCAUACCUUACUCAUCAAAUUAUUACUUUAAGAGAUUUGAUACCGAAUACACUGGUAAAUCAGUGGGCUAUUAAUACUGACUUUAUCAGGACCAAUACGCGGACUAUUGACAACCUUUUAUCACAACAAAUUAAACAAUUAGAAGAUCUAGAUAAAUAUAGAGAAAAGGCACAAGUAAAUCAAGCUACAUCGUACGAUAAACUAAACUAUGAUAUUAAUGAAAAGAUUUUAGAUAUCAUAGAGGAUCACUUUCCUAAAUAA